ACUUACUUCAGUACGUGUUAUAUUAAGGUAUUAUUACACGUGUACUCGCAAAUUAUUUCACGUGUCUAUGUUUACGUACACGUGUAUUUCACGCGUAUUUAUUAAUUUAUUAUGCAUUCAAAUCGCACGCGAAAUCAACGCGUGCGCAGAUCGCGAUUUUUGAUAACUGCGCAGUACCACUGGCGCCAUAAAUUUGCGAAGCGCCCGCAUGCAGCAAUUAAUUCGCUCUCAGUUAAGCGAACGAACGCCAAGGGACACGAUGCUGAUGAAUAACGUGUAGUUAAACAGUAAUUGUGCGUGUAUUCCUUUGAAAAUAAGUUCCCAUAUUGUUAAAAAAAACGGUUAAAUUGGUAUCGAUCCCGUUUGACUUUUAAUUUGGCCCGACGUCAUCGAAUCUGUAUGUUGCGGGUACCCGCAUAACCUCAAACCACACUGAUCUGAUCCGCAACAAAGAGAAAUGAUAAGAUAAAAUUGAGGGUACUCAAUAUACACGAUGUCACGCACAUUUCUGCUAGAAUCUUAUCGUAUAUUAAAUUUGAUACAUUGGAAGAAAUAGAAUUGUCUAAUGUAGAUUACAUGGAAAUUACCAUGAAAAUCCAAGAGUUCUAUUCGUCCGUUGAAAACAGGAGAAGAUGCGAGACGAUAAAUGUCGGAGGUGUAUAUGGUUUGGAAGAACCAAUAGAUAGUUUUAAGAGGGUAGAAAUUCUGAACGUUGAAACAGACGAUAAAACAGAUACGCCAAAGUUCGUGGAUGUAAGAUGCAUAGACAAUGGAGUAAUUUUGACGAAGCUGAAUGCAUAUAGAUUGUUGCACAUGCCGGAAGAAUUUAUGAAAUAUCCGGCGCAAACAGUAGAAGUAUUUCUAGCUGGUGUAGUUCCACAUGACGAUGAAUAUCUUUGGAAUCGUUAUGCAUUUGAGGCUGUCUAUCAGUGGUUCAAAAGAAACGUAGAUGAACGAUCCUAUGUCAUUGCAACGGUGAGCCUUCAUCUGAAAAACAUAUUAUGGGUGAACACGUUGGAAGUUGGAACAAAAUUGAUCGGAUAUAAAGAUAUCGUUGGUUCCUCUUUAAAAACAGACUUGUUGGAAAAGGAUCAUGCUAUCGAAAAUGACAAACAUUUAAAACAGUUGUAUCAACUUUGCAAAGAGGAUGGUUUUUUGAAAAUUAAUGGGUGCGAUUUAAAUGUUUUACUGGACGAAGUCGAGUAAAAGACCAGAGGAUCAGAAACGA